UCCUCUGACAACGGCUACUUCCUCUCGCUGAGCUGAGAGACACAGAGGAACCUCGACAGGAGAACUGAGCGAUUCUUCCAUCAAUGCCAAGAUGGAAUCACGGUCUCCAUCCAGAGCUGCGCAUGAACAGGAGCCGAGACAUAGACCGUGCCGUAAGAUCUGCCUACUCUGCCUCGUUACGUCCGUCCUCGUCGCGAUAGUUACCGGGCUCUCGAUCCAUGUGUUACAGAUCCGUCAGUCUCUGCUCGCCUCUGACCAAAAGUACCUGAGACUUUGGGAGCAACAUCAGGAGAUGAACAGGACCCAGUGCCAGUGUCCAGUACAAAUCCACGAACCGAACUCAACCCUGGAAUCCAUGACAUCAGAGAAUUCCGGCUUGGAUCUCUCCCAGAGCACCUGUCUAAAGAACGUUUCCGUCCCAAGCAACAACGUCUCCAUCCUCGAACAUACAUUGUUUAUCCUCGAAAGAAACAUCUCCAUCCUUGAAAACAAAUUGUUCGUCCUGGAAAGCAACCUCUCGGUCAUGAGCACCGAUCUCUCUGACCAGCAUCAAACGCAAACCGAUCUCCGUCAGAACUUCUGUCACCUCGAACUGAAGUGUAGAACUCUCAACGAAACCAAGGCUAAAAUCUGCCAGAUGCUGAGCAGCAGAAAAGAGAAAGCGUGUUCCAAGGACUGGAUCAGAAAUGAAGACCUGUGUUAUUUCAUUUCCACGUUUGAAAGUUCUUACGAGGGGGCGAAGCAGCUCUGUUCUAUCUCUGAAUCAAAGUUUCUUGAAAUAAAUACAUACGAGGAAGAGAAGUUUGUUAACAACGCUGUCCUCGGUGAAGACAUUUCUUACUGGAUUGGAACAUGCAAAGCGGGGUGA